CUCUUUCAUUUCUGUGGCUGUUAUAACCAGAGCUCUCUGUUUCUUCUCUAUCUAACCAGUUGAUCAUAGGGUUUUGAAUCCACAGUCGGAGGGGAGCGAUGGAAAAUGGAGUUGCAAUCGAUGGUAAACCUCAUAUUGGAGAUACCAUGGCAGUCGAAGAUGGGACUUCUCAUCCUAAAGUAGAAGAUAGGAGUGUUCAUGGGUUUCAUGAAUCGAAAGAUUCUGAAGGGGAUGUUUAUAUGGAGGCUCCAGAAGAAAUUCGUACGCAGGAGUCGCCUUUAAAGCUUGGUGCGGAGCAAAUUAUCAAUGGGGAGGUACGUGUAGACAAGACUGGAUAUUCUGGUUCUUUGGGAGUUAAUGGAAUUUCUAACGGAGACCAUGGGACUGAAAUUUUUGAAGAGGCUAUCGAGCAUCCAAGCAAUGAAUGUAACGAAUCUAUUUAUGAGGUUGGAGUUGCUGAUGGACCUGCCAGUAUGGAAGAUAAGGCCAAGGAAGUUGUGGCAGUUGAAUCAAAUGGGUUGGAUGAUGCUGGUUCAGUCGGUAUUGCAGAAGCUGUUGUCAAUCUUGGUAAUGAUCACACUCAUGAAGGGGAACAACGGGUCACUGUUGAGAAGAUGACCGAAGAUUUGGUUUCCAUGAAGCCUGUUGAUGAGAUUAAGUCGGCAGGUGAAACUGGCAAUGUGGAAUUUAAUGGCAAUGAAGUGCUGCUGGUGCAAUCAAAUGGGUUUGACGGCGGUACUUUGGUUGGUAAUGAAGUGCUGGUGCAAUCAAAUGAGUUGAGGGAGUUUACUGACAUUGUGGCUGAUAGAGGUAUAGAGCUUUCAAUGAAUAGCAGACAGGCAGAGGGGAGGAAUGAUGCAGUUCCUGAAAAAUCUAAAAAUGGGGUUUUGGCUAAGGUUAGCUUGGGGGAAUCACCCGUCGUUCAUGAAAAAGCAGAUGUGAAUGUCGAGCAGGUAGAGUCUGAUGUGAUUGAACCUUCUCAAGGAAAUGAACCUGAUGAACUGAUUGUUUAUCAAGACAGUGAGAGUGUCGAGUUAAAGGAAUCUUCAACAAAACCGAAUGGGGAUCAACGAGAUCACCAGAGUGUGCAAUUGAAGAAUUCUUCAUCAGAUCGUUCCCUCAAGGAAUCUGAUGUGAUUGAGCCUUCUCAAGGGAAUGAACCUGAUGAACUGAUUGUCCAUCAAAACAGUGAGAAUACGGAGUUGAAGGAACCUUUGGCGAAUCAGGAUGGGGAACACGAAGAUCACCAGAGUGUGCAAUUGAAGAAUUCUUCUUCUGAACAAGAUCACACCCUUGAGGAGUCUGAUGUGAUUGAGCCUUCUCAAGGAAAUGGACCUAUUGAACUGAUUGUCCAUCAAGACGGUGAGAGUGCUGAGUUAAAGGAACCUUCAGCGAACCAGGAUGAGGAACACCAAGAUCACCAGAGUGUGCAAUUGAAGAAUUCCUCAUCUGAACAAGAUUGUUCCCUCAAGGAGUCCGAUGUGAUUGAGCCUUCUCAAGGAAAUGAACCUGAUGAACUUAUUGCCCAUCAAGACGGUGAGAGUGCGGAGUUCAAGGAACUUUCGGCGAACCAGGAUGGGGAACACCAAGAUCACCAGAGUGUGCAAUUGAAGAAUGCCUCAUUUGAACAAGAUCGUUCCCUCAAGGAGUCCGAUGUGAUUGAGCCUUCUCAAGGAAAUGAACCUAUUGAAUUGAUUGUCCAUCAAGACAAUGAGUCUGCAGAGUUCAAGGAACCUUCGGAGAACCAGGAUGGUGAACACCAAGAUCACCAGAUUGUGCAAUUGAAGAAUUCCUCAUCUGAACAAGAUCCUUUCCUGAAGGUUUCUGAUGUGAUUGAGCCUUCUCAAGGAAAUGAAUCUGUUGAACUGAUUGCCCAUCAAGACGGUGAGAGUGCUGAGUUAAAGGAACCUUUGGUGAACCUGGAUGGGGAACACCAAGAUCACCAAAGUGUGCAAUUGAAGAAAUCUUCAUCUGAACAAGAUCCUUCCCUCAAGGUAUCUGAUGUUAUUGAGCCUUCUCAAGGAAACGAACCUAUUGAACUGGUAGCCCAUCAAGACAGUGAGAGUGCAGAGUUGAAGGAACCUACGGCGAACCUGGAUGGGGAGCACCAAGAUCACCAUAGUGUGCAAUUGGAGAAUUCUUCAGCCAAACAAGAUCCUUCCCUCAAGGCGGUUGGGUCUCUAGAAGUUGAAAUCCCUUUGUCUGCAGAAGAAUCUGGUACUGUUAAAGAUGAUGCAGAUGAACCAAAGGCUAAAGAUUUACAAGAUUAUCGGCCUCUGCUUGCUGACAGAAAUAUCAGAGAAGGUUCAUCUAGCCAUACCAAGGUGGAGAAGCCUGCUGUGCAGGAAACACAAAAAGUUGAGAACAGAGGACCAGGAAUUCAGUCUGCUCAAAAUAUUGGUUCAUCAGCUGGAAAUUCCACAAAUCCUGCUCUUGCUCUUCCACCUCGUCCUGCUGGUCUUGGGAGUGCUCCACUGUUGGGAGCUGCUCAUCGUGCACUGCAACAGCCUCGAGCAAAUGAAUCUAUACCUCAGCGGCAAACUCAACUCGUUGAAGACCCUAUGAAUGGGGAGGCUGAGGAGAAUGAUGAUGAAGCCCGUGAAAAACUCCAGAUGAUCAGGGUAAAGUUCCUGCGUCUUGCUCAUAGGCUUGGCCAGACUCCCCAUAAUGUUGUUGUUGCUCAGGUCCUGUACAGGCUAGGGUUAGCAGAACAGCUGCAAGGGGGAAACACAACUCGUGCUGGUGCCUUUAGCUUUGACAGAGCAAGUGCAAUGGCUGAGCAACUUGAGGCAGCUGGGCAGGAACCCCUUGAUUUUUCUUGCACAAUCAUGGUUAUUGGAAAGACAGGAGUUGGUAAAAGUGCAACUGUCAAUUCAAUAUUUGAUGAAGUCAAGUUCAGCACUAAUGCAUUCAACAUGGGCACUAAGAAGGUUCAGGACGUGGUGGGAACCGUUCAGGGGAUCAAGGUGCGGGUGAUUGAUACGCCUGGCCUCCUACCUUCCUGGUCAGAUCAACGUCAUAACGAGAAGGUCCUCCAUUCUGUUAAGCGUUUCAUAAAAAACACACCUCCAGAUAUUGUUUUGUAUCUUGAUAGACUGGACAUGCAAAGCAGGGAUUUUGGUGAUAUGCCAUUGCUGCGAACAAUUACAGAGAUAUUCGGACCAUCUAUUUGGUUCAAUGCGAUUGUAGUUCUGACUCAUGCUGCUUCUGCACCUCCUGAUGGUCCAACUGGCACUGCUUCAAGUUAUGAGACUUUUGUAACUCAGCGGUCCCAUAUGGUUCAGCAAGCCAUUCGUCAAGCGGCAGGGGACAUGCGACUCAUGAACCCUGUUUCAUUAGUGGAGAAUCACUCUGCAUGCAGAACAAACAGGGCUGGGCAGAGAGUCUUGCCAAAUGGCCAAGUCUGGAAGCCUCAUUUGUUAUUGCUCUCCUUUGCAUCAAAGAUUCUGGCUGAGGCAAACACUCUUCUAAAGCUGCAAGAUAGUCCACCAGGAAAACCUUUUGCGACUCGAUCUAGGGUACCUCCUUUGCCAUUUCUCUUGUCAUCUCUUCUCCAAUCAAGGCCUCAGUUAAAACUGCCUGAGGAACAAUUUGGCAGUGAUGAGGAUGCUCUUGAUGAGGACUCGGAUGAGGCAUCAGAUUCAGAUGAAGAGUCGGAAUAUGAUGAAUUGCCUCCAUUCAAGCGUUUGACCAAGGCUCAACUGGCAAAGUUGAGUAAGGCACAGAGGAAAGCUUAUUUUGAUGAGCUAGAAUAUAGGGAGAAGCUUUUUAUGAAGAAACAGCUGAAGGAGGAGAGAAAGCGGCGUAAAUUAUUGAAGAAAAUGGCAGCUUUUGCUAAGGAUUUGCCAAAUGAGUACAAUGAGAGUGCUGAAGAAGAAAGUGGUGGAGCUGCAUCUGUGCCAGUUCCAAUGCCUGAUUUGUCCCUGCCGUCUUCAUUUGAUUCCGACAAUCCCACUCACAGAUACCGCUUUCUAGAUUCCUCAAACCAGUGGCUUGUGAGGCCAGUUCUAGAUACUCAUGGCUGGGAUCAUGAUGUUGGCUAUGAGGGUAUAAAUGUAGAGAGAUUAUUUGUGAUUAAAGAGAAAAUACCCUUGUCCUUUUCUGGUCAGGUUACGAAGGAUAAGAAAGAGGCUAACAUCCAGAUGGAAUUAGCUAGUUCUGUCAAGCAUGGGGAAGGGAAAGCAACUUCAUUAGGUUUUGACAUGCAGACUCUUGGGAAGGACAUGUCAUAUACUUUACGCAGUGAGACGAGUUUUAGCAACUUCAGACACAAUAAGACAGCAGCCGGUCUCUCAGUUACUCUCUUGGGUGAUGCCUUAUCAGCAGGAGUGAAGGUUGAAGACAAAUUGAUUGUUAACAAACGGUUCCGGUUGGUUUUGACUGGGGGUGCAAUGACUGGUCGUGGUGAUGUAGCAUAUGGAGGCAGUUUGGAGGCAACCUUGAGAGAUAAGGACUAUCCUUUGGGUCGUACGUUAUCGACUCUUGGGCUAUCUAUUAUGGACUGGCAUGGAGAUCUUGCAAUUGGAUGCAAUGUACAGUCUCAACUACCACUGGGACGUGCUUCAAAUGUGAUUGCUCGGGCAAAUUUGAAUAACAGGGGGGCUGGACAAGUUAGUAUUCGUUUGAAUAGUUCAGAACAGCUUCAGAUAGCUUUGAUCGGUCUAAUACCCCUAUUAAGAAAGCUAGUUGGUUAUUCCCAACUGCAUUUUGGACAAUGAGGAGUAUCUUGUUAUAUGGUCAGCAGCUGUGCGGUAAUUAGGAAAUAACCUUCAAAGGGUCCAUAUGUUUAUGGUCACUAAAUGUGAGUAAAACUUAGCUGCUGAUUUUUCUCUUUGCUUUUCAACAUUGCCAUCCUUCAUAGUCGAGUAGUAGUUUCUACAAAUAGAGUUCCUGUUUUGGCCAGUUAGUUGAUGUUAUUUUUGGAUCAAGAAUUUCCUUAAUAAAGUUAAUGUUCUUGUGUGGAACUUAUCUUCCUUCAAACAAUUGCAGACUUUGUUUCUACUGCA